CUCGUUUCGUAACGCAUUAAUUCAUUCUCGGUGGAGCGCGCACACAGAUUAACAAGUUGUGUGCUUUUCCUGUCCUACAAUUGAUGGCGAAGGCGAACGAAGUGAAGCAGGUGCCGGCAGACUGAAAGCAGUCCUCUCCCACUGCACUGCGUGCAAUGGCCCAUGCGAGUCAAGAACUCCUCGCUCUGCCACUCUUUUUUCGAAACCGCUACCAGUAUACCUCUCUCCUCCCAGGCUGAAUCUGCAUCCUGUCAACUGCCAACAGCACAUCUCACCAUCACUCAUUCACUUCUACUCACUACAACCAAAGCUCAUUCUCACAAACUCAAUUAUACUUUCACCUCCAUGGCUGGCCACCGACAGGCAACAGCCAGCAGUUCUGCGCACAUUGUCCAGGGUACAAUUCAGAGCCAGAACCGGGGCCAUAUCCAGAACCAGAGCCUGAGUCAGAACCAGAGCCAGUCUCAGGCCCGCCACCAAACCAAUGCUCACGCCCCAGCCUCGACACACCACCAGCAACAAGCUCAAGAAGAACGCGACUCUACCUCGAAUGGCCAUAAUGGAACACCCCCUGGCUUUUUCAUGAAGCCUCUGACUACCACGCCCGAUUAUCGGUUUAACCUCUAUGUCCAGGGUCUUGAAUCUACCACCACGACCAGGAGUCUAUUUGAACUGUUCAAGCCGUAUGGGAACAUCCUCGCCUGCAAAACCAUCUUGGACAUAGAGUCAGGAUCCUGUAGGGCAGGCUUUGUAUUGUUUGACAACCAGGAAAGUUGCACCGAGGCGCGCAGGGCACUCACCCAACAGGGACUCUAUGUCACCGUCGCCCAUGAAUCGGCAAGCAUCAAGAAUCUGCCUCACAAGGAGAGCCCAUCGACAGAAACCAAGCCAGCGAUACCAGAGCUUGACAACAGCGAUGACUUUCCUAGCCUCCCAUCGAAGCCGGCACCAAAGAAACAGCAGAGCAAGAAACAGCCUACUUUAAAGGUGGCCUUAAAAAUAUCAUCUCUCAAAUCACCACUGCCAUCAUCAUCAUCAUCAUCAUCAAUGUCAGCUAUUCAAGCCGAGUCGGCCAGUAAUCAAACAGACUCUCAGCCUCUGGAUAAUCCAAUAAAUGCCGCUCAAUCGGAACCAAAUCCACCUGUAGAGUCUCCUACAGAGGUGACUUGGGAACCAGACUCUUCGAAGGAGGCGACUUUGGAAUCUGACCACGCAAUAUCAAUGGCUAAUCAAGAGUUCAAGAGCGCAUUCAUUUUGGGCCAGGCGUAUCUCGAUUUCGACAGCGGUUUUAUCGGGUCCCACCAGCAGUUUCUGUCUGAUGGAUAUAACUCCAGUGGGUUCGAGCGCCGCCCGUCUUUUUUGGAUAAUAAGCCCUACAUGAGCGUCGAUGACAUUGACAGAUAUAUGAAUAUGCUGGAAAUGAGCACUGUUGCGGCUGUACCACAGACAUCCGCAAACACCUAUGAAGUACAUCAGCCUAUACACCCUAGCGAUGUCCAUAUUUCCAACACAACGCUUGACGACUUUAUCCUCGAGGAUCUUCCACGGCGAGAUUCGACCCUUCAUUUCGAGAACCUGCCGGAAGGACUGAAGUACCAGGAGCUGUUUGAGCUCUGUGCUCAGUAUGUAUAUCACCGAUUUUUAUGAUUUCAGGAAAUUAAUUUUGCUGUGCUUUGAAGGCUCAUUUAGUGACUCUGGUUGCAUCUAGAUACGGAUCGCUGGUUCUCUCAUCAGUGGAUAUUCGCUACAUCAAUGAAGAGUGUUAUGGCCAAGGGAGAGUGACAUUCGAUUCUCACCGAGAUGCUGAGGUUGCCU